AUGAAACCCACUACCACACAUUUUCAGGCCCCCAUCAAUAACCCCAAACUUGUGCUGCUACGCACAAGUCAGUCAAUCUGCCCUCUCACCGGAAAUCGGAGUCGCGCACGGUACGACCUAAUCAUCAUUGUCAAGAGUUCACCAGACAAUGCAGCACGCCGGUCUCAACUGCGCCAGAUGAUCAGCCGUCAAGCGGCCACGCUGGCCAGUCCUCUCGGGCUCCUCUUCAGCCUAGGCGUCCCGGCCGGCACCGUCAACCAAUCACGACUCCUGGAUGCCAUCAACGAUGAGGCCGCGCGUUUUGAUGACAUCAUCCAGACCGACUUCAUGGACACCUACUAUAACCUGACUCUGAAAACUCUGGCGAACCUGCGAUAUGCUCAUGUGGCCUGUCAGGGAGCCGCUCCGCUGGUCGCCUUCAUGGAUGAUGAUCAUGGCCUCAAUGUGUCAGCUUUGCUCCCCUAUUUUCGCGCCUUCGAAAGGCGACAGCUGCGGCAAUCUGUCUUUGGCCACAUACACGGCACGCCAAAGGUCAUUCGCAGUCCAGAGCACAAGUGGGCCCUUACGAGAUGCGAUAUGCCCUUCUAUAUGUAUCCGGACUACGCCGCUGGUCCAUGCUACUUUAUCGGCGCGGAGGCUGUGGAAGCAAUUUCGAUAGCCGCAGCCUUCACCAAGCCGUUCUCCAUGGAGGACGCCUAUGUGGGCAUGACAGCGACGAAGCUGGGCAUCCGCAUGCACCAGUUGCCAGGUGUAUACCUUCAUGGACCUAAAGAAGGAUUAUUAACACAACAGACGCCACUAGUAGCCUUGUUAAAAUACUUCGAGCAGCAUACGCCUUAA